AAUCGAAAAAUCUGUCACUGGAGAAUUGUAUUACAUUUGUGUUUUGAAGAUGGGAUUAUACAGAAGCGAUCAGAGUGGAAUUACGUGUUUAGUCGGAAUACAAAAGUCAUUGUGAAGCGGCUUCACACGGGCCAACAGAGCCAGAUACGACGACAUGGCAAAAGUCGGCACUGAACACUCAACCAGACAGUGGUUGACCACCAACGCACAUGAUGAUGAGCUCGCUGUCAUUGAAAAUGGGGACAGCAGGGCUCAGUCUCUUUGUGAAGACAACUCAGGGAGAGCGCUGUCUUCAGAGUCCCACUUUACAGGUGCUGGGGCAAUGGCCAGGUUCUCUUACUUCUUCCUCAUGCUUUGGAACUGGGCGUCUCACAGAGUGAAUCCCGAAAUAGAGAGGCAUGACUCUUUCCUUGAGCGCUUCAGAGGCCCUGAGCUCAAAGACCUCUCCAGUCGAGAGAGCAAUGCCCAGUCUGUGGGCCCCAACGACACAAACCAUAAGAGAAAUCUUGCCACUAAGUGGCCACUAGCUACUUACAACAUGAAUAACUGCAACAACACAGACGACAAAAAAGAGGACAAAAAGGAGGAGAUAAAAAAAGAUGAGAAAAAGGAUGAGAAGAAAGACGGGGACAAGAAGGAAGAGGAGAAGAAGGAUGAGAAGAAAGACGAGAAGAAAGAUGAAAAGAAAGAUGAAAAGAAAGAUGAUAAGAAGGAUGAUAAGAAAGAUGAUAAAAAGAAAGAGGAGCCACCGAAAGAUGUGUGGAUUAUGGAUCCAGCCACAGACCAGUACUACAAAUGGCUGUCCGUCAUUGCAGGCCCAGUAUUUUAUAAUCUGAUUAUGAUUGUAACAAGAUCCAGUUUUAACGAACUCCAGGACACAUAUACAAAACUCUGGCUAUUCUUGGACUAUGGCUCAGACCUGAUCUACUAUGCAGAUACGUUUGUCAGAUCAAGAACAGGUUACCUGGAACAAGGAUUGCUGGUCAAAGAUACCAAGAAACUGAGAGAUAAAUAUAGAACAACACCUCAGUUCAAAUAUGACAUGAUUUCAAUGAUACCCACUGAUCUGUUGUUUCUGAAAUUCGGAUACAACAACCCAGAAUUCAGAUUCAACCGUCUUUGCAAAAUGCCGAGACUUUUUGAGUUCUUUGAGCGUACUGAAACCAGAACCAGCUUUCCAAACAUGCUUCGUAUUAGCAAUCUCGUACUUUACAUCCUUGUUAUUAUCCACUGGAAUGCUUGUGGGUUCUUUGCCAUUUCAAAAACCAUUGGUUUUGGAACUGACACAUGGGUAUAUCCCAAUAUCAGCCACCCAGAGUAUGGCCGUUUGGCCAGAAAGUACAUCUACUCCCUGUAUUGGUCCACACUGACCCUCACCACCAUUGGAGAGACCCCUCCACCAGUCAAAGAGGUAGAAUUCCUCUUUGUUAUUAGCGACUUUCUUGCUGGUGUGUUGAUCUUCGCUAGUAUUGUCGGUAACGUUGGUGCCAUGAUUUCCAACAUGAACGCCUCUCGUGCGGAGUUCCAGGCCAAGAUCGACUCCAUAAAGCAGUACAUGCAGUUUCGAAAGGUCACCAAAGACCUGGAGGCUAGGGUCAUCAAGUGGUUUGACUACCUGUGGACUGAGAAGAAGACCUGUGACGAAAAGGAAGUUUUGAAGAACCUCCCAGAUAAGCUCAGGGCUGAGAUUGCCAUCAAUGUCCAUUUGGAUACGCUGAAAAAAGUACGUAUUUUCCAGGAUUGUGAAGCAGGUCUGUUGAUUGAAUUGGUGCUCAAGCUGCAACCACAGGUGUUUAGUCCUGGGGAUUACAUCUGUAAGAAGGGGGAUAUUGGCAGGGAGAUGUACAUCAUCAAGGAGGGGAAGCUAGCUGUUGUGGCAGAUGACGGUGUCACUCAGUUUGUAGUGCUCAGUGAUGGGGCAUACUUUGGGGAAAUCAGUAUCUUGGGUAUCAAGGGCAGUAAAGCAGGCAACAGGAGAACAGCCAACAUCAGAAGCGUAGGCUACUCUGAUCUCUUUGCCCUGUCCAAAGACGACUUGAUGGAGGCUCUAACUGAGUAUCCAGAGGCCAAGAAAGCUCUGGAGGAGAAGGGGAAAGCCAUCCUGAUGAAAGACAACCUUAUUGAUGAGGCAGUAGCCAACGCUGGUGCUGACCCUAAAGACCUGGAGGAGAAGAUUUCCAAACUGGAGACCAACCUGGACCUCAUGCAGACCAUGUUCGCCAAACUGAUGGUGGAGUUCACGUCCAACCAGUCGAGGAUGAAGCAGAGGGUCACUGAGAUGGAAACCAAAGUGAAAUCGAUGAAACCAGAAGACCUGUCAGAAGUGGUGGCCGACAAGGACAAGAAAGUCCAGUAAACUGCAAAAUACCUGAAGGACUUAAUGGGAAAUGAAGGGACUUUUCAUUUAGAAUAGUAGACUGUCGCUUUUUAAAAGACCAUGUUUAUAUCUAUUUAUACAUCUCUGUUUAUCAUAAUGUGUCAAAUUGUGUACAGUGUAUGCAGCAAAUAUUUUGUGUGUAUGCUUUCAUUGACAAUUUAAUCUUGUCAUGAAACUACUUGAGUAUGUUGAUGAGAAGUGAAUGCAAAAAAAUGGCUUUUUAUAGCCUUAGAAUAAUGAGGAAUGUUUUUUUUCCUGAUCAGUAUUGACAAUUUUUCCAUAAACAACACAAUGAUCUGUUAAGUAUGAACUGAAGUUCAUACAAUGCAUUAAUGCAACUCCAAUAUCCAUUUGAUACUAUACAUGAGUGUACAAAAUAAACCAAAAUGCAGGUCUGUUUCUGAGUUAUCAGCAUACACUAUCAGUUGUAAAUUGGGUGUUAUAUGUAAAUUAACAUUAAAAUGUUCAUAUAACAUAUACUGUAAGUGUCUAGUUUGUCCUUUUGUGGUAUUUUCUUGGGGUUUGUCCCUAGAUCAACCCCUUUUCUGAUCCUUUGUUAUUAUCAGGGCUGUACCGAAUAGUUCA